AAUUUGUGAGGAGAAAUUAGAUUACUAGCUUCGAUCUUUCGUUUCUAUGUCUGUGUGGUUAGGAAGAAUCUGAAAUGCGUCUUUUAGCGGAACAAUUUCACAAUUUCUCUCUAGCUCUAGAUUUGCUUGUUCAUCGCCGAGCUCUUGAAAGUUUAUCAUUCCAGUUUCUGUUUUUAUACUUUGGCACUUGGAAAAAUGCCAGUGAAGGCCAUAUUAGAUGUGUUUGAUGAUAGGGUUUAUAGUUCACUUGUGUUGGUUGAUUUCACGGGAUUCAUAAGCAAUGGCGCAAACAGUUUGGAAACUCAGAAAUGUACUCCCGGACUGGCAAUCAGCCGCGAAAACACACGUGGUCAUGUGAAGGUUCUUGCAAGAAACACUGGAGAUUAUGAACUAUCACCAAGCCCAGCUGAGCAAGAGAUAGAGAGCUUUCUCUAUAAUGCCAUCAAUAUGGGUUUCUUUGACAGGUUAAACUUGGCUUGGAAGAUAAUAUUCCCAUCACACGCAUCAAGAAGAAGCUCCAACGCAAGAAUCGCAAAGCAGCGGCUCAAGAUGAUCCUAUUCUCGGACAGGUGUGAUGUCAGUGACGAGGCUAAAAGGAAAAUCGUCAACAACAUUAUCCAUGCACUGUCGGAUUUCGUAGAGAUAGAAUCAGAGGAAAAGGUUCAGCUAAACGUUUCCACGGACAGUGACCUUGGGACCAUUUACUCGGUCACGGUGCCUGUUAGAAGGGUGAAACCAGAGUACCAAGACGUGGACGAGGCUGGAACCAUAACCAACGUGGAAUACAAAGAUACUCGUGAUGGUUCUGUCGAUGUCAGCGGAGAUCGACUUCAAUUUGAAAACCCUAUAGAGGAUGCGAUUUCGAGGCUCAGAUUCUCCCCUGAAUCAAACAAUCUCCUCGUUGCCUCUUGGGAUUCUUAUCUGAGAUUGUAUAAUGUGGAGAGCUCUUCGCUAAGUCUGGAAUUGUACUCUCAAGCUGCUCUUCUUGAUUGUUGUUUCGAAAAUGAAUCAACUUCAUUUACCUCUGGUUCUGAUGGAUUCAUCCGAAGGUAUGAUUUGAACGCUGGAACAGUUGAUACAAUUGGAAGACAUGAUGACAUUGCAACAUCCAUUGUCUACUCUUAUGAAAAAGGUGAAGUUAUCUCUACUGGGUUUGAUGAGAAGAUCAAAUUCUGGGAUACAAGACAAAGAGAAAGUCUUGUGUUUUCGACUGAUGUUGGUGGAGCAGUGGGUUGUAUCACUGUAUCUGGAAACAACUUAGUUGUUUGUGUGGACGCAUCGAUGCAUAUAUACGAUUUACGUAACUUAGAUGAAGCUUUUCAAUCGUAUUCAUCCCAAGUGGAGGUGCCAAUCAGAUGUAUCACCUCUGUACCUUAUUCCAGAGGAUAUGCAGUUGGGUCAGUUGAUGGACAAGUAGCCGUGGAUUUCCACAAUACAUCAUGCUCCAGUGAGAUUAAUGACAAAUACAGUUUCCGAUGCCAUCCCAAGUGUAGGAACGGCAGACUUGAUGGUGUAUGCAUAAAUGCAAUCGAAUUCAGUCCAUGUGGGUCAGGGACUUUCGUAACAGGAGACAAUGAAGGCUACGUGAUCUCAUGGAAUGCUAAAAGCAGAAGAAGACUCUUUGAGUUGCCAAGGUACUCAAAUAGCAUCGCAUCUUUAGCAUUUAACCACAGUGGAGAACUCUUAGCUAUUGCAUCAAGCCACACUUACCAAGAAGCUAAAGAGAAUGAAGAAGAAGCUCCUCAAGUGUUCAUACACAAGAUUUGCUAGCUUCUUGAAUCUCUGUGUCUCUACUUGUAUCUAUAUCUAUUUUGUUUGUGUGUUUUUGGUAGCACGUUUAGCUUGACAAGUCAACAUGUAAUGAUUGUAUCUCUCAAGUCCUCUUAUACUUGUUCUUGUUCUCUAAACUUGGUUUUGACUUUUAGUCAACUAUAUGCUUGACUUUUAAAAUAAUCCAAUUAUUUAAGA